AAAAGGGAUACGCGAUCCCAUACGUACUUUUUUUCACCCCCUACAGCGCGGACGUCCACGACAACCCAGUCUGCAGUCCUUCAACUUCAAUGCUGCACUUUUAAUCUUCGUCGCGAGUUCUUCUUUACUUUCUUUCAAGGACUGCAACAAUUGUUCAAGGGCCUGGCCGACUUCCAUUAACGCGUGAGCUGUGAAAGCUCCAACGUCAGGGUAGCCUCACCCUCUUUCGACAAUCAACGACUCUGCGAACAUGGCCAAAUCAACCAAACCCGCUGUCAAAGCGGCGACUCCAGAACCUGUGCGAAGUCACCAAUCUGAGAAGGUUGUGCCCAAGUCUACAAAGCCGACAGACUACACCUCAGAAGGCGUCCAAGAUCAUGACAUCUUCCUCUUACCUAUAUCUGACUAUCAGGUCAUGUUGGUAGCUACGCUCAUGGCAGCAGUAGUCAGACUUUUCAGAAUAUACCAGCCUAGCAGUGUUGUCUUUGAUGAGGUCCAUUUUGGAGGAUUCGCAUCGAAGUACAUCAAGGGCAAAUUCUUCAUGGACGUUCACCCUCCGCUUGCCAAAUUAUUACUUACACUCGCUGGAUGGUUAGCAGGAUUUGAUGGAGAGUUUGAUUUCAAGGACAUUGGGAAGGACUACGUCGAGCCCGGUGUACCAUACGUGGCCAUGAGAUUGCUCCCAGCCGUCUGCGGUAUUCUUUUGGUUCCUACAAUGUUUUUGACCUUGAAAGCUUUUGGAUGCAGAACAACGACUGCUUUCAUGGGCGCCUGUCUCAUCAUCUUUGAAAAUGGUCUACUUACUCAAGCACGAUUGAUUCUCCUCGAUUCUCCCCUUAUGAUCAUGACUGCCUUCACCGCACUAGCUUGGGUGUCUUUUUCAAACCAACACGAGCAAGGUCCUUCGAAGGCCUUCCAACCAACUUGGUGGUUCUGGCUUGCCAUGACCGGUCUAGGAUUGGGAGCUACCGUUAGUGUUAAGUGGGUUGGUUUGUUCACAAUUGCCUGGGUUGGUGGUUUGACUGUCCUACAACUAUGGAUUUUACUCGGAGACGUUAAGACCGUCACUCCUCGUCUCUUCACCAAACACCUAGUAGCCAGAAUCUUCUGCCUGAUUGUCAUCCCAGUUUCAUUCUAUAUGGCCAUGUUUGGUAUUCAUUUCCUCUGCCUCGUAAAUCCAGGUGAUGGAGAUGGAUUCAUGAGCUCCGAGUUCCAAGCUACCCUCAAUUCGAAGGCCAUGCAGGAUGUACCAGUCGAUGUUGCACUUGGCAGUCGAGUCAGCAUUCGUCACCACAACACUCAAGGAGGAUAUUUGCACUCUCACAAUCUUAUGUACCCUACUGGAAGCAAGCAACAACAGAUCACUCUUUAUCCUCAUAAGGACGAGAACAAUGUAUGGCUUCUCGAGAACAUGACACAGCCCUUGGAUCUCAACGGUGAACCAAACAACGGCUCGCUUGCCUGGGAUGCUAUCACACCACCUACGUACAUUAAAGACGGUGAUACUAUCAAGCUGUUACACCUACCUACUAGCCGCCGCCUCCAUUCACACGACGUCCGCCCUCCAGUCACCGAGGCUGAUUGGCAGAAUGAGGUUUCUGCGUACGGGUAUGAAGGAUUUGAGGGUGAUGCGAAUGAUUAUUUCAGAGUCGAAAUUAUCAAGAAGAUGUCAGAUGGCGAAGAAGCCAAGCACCGUGUCCGCACUAUUCAGACCAAGUUCAAGCUGAUUCAUGUCAUGACUGGCUGCGUUCUCUUCUCUCACAAGGUUAAGCUUCCCGAAUGGGCAUCGGAACAACAGGAAGUUACUUGUGCUAAGGGCGGAACGCUUCCCAAUAGCGUCUGGUACGUAGAGCAAAACGAACAUCCUCAACUUGGUGAGGGUGCCGAGAAGGUCAACUAUAGGAACCCAGGCUUCUUUGGCAAGUUCUGGGAAUUACAGAAAGUCAUGUGGAACACCAAUGCCGGCCUUGUCGAGUCUCACGCUUGGGACUCUCGCCCACCUUCCUGGCCAAUUCUCAAGCGUGGUAUCAACUUCUGGGGUAAGGACAAUCGCCAGAUCUACCUCAUUGGAAAUCCAAUCAUCUGGUGGUCAUCGUCUCUGGCUAUUGUUGUCUACGUAAUCUUCAAGGGUCUGGCCGUCCUCCGUUGGCAACGUAGCUGCAAUGAUUACAGCAACACCGUAUUCAAGCGCUUUGACUACGAAGUUGGCACGAUGGUUCUUGGCUGGGCUCUGCAUUACUUCCCUUUUUACCUUAUGCAACGUCAAUUGUUCCUGCACCACUACUUCCCGGCGCUCUAUUUUGCUGUCAUGGCUCUCUGUCACAUCUACGACUUCGUCACCGCCCGUGUCCCCGGCAUUGGCCUCCGUGAGAAUCCUUUGUUUGGACGUCUGGGCGCUACGAUCUUUGUAGCUUUAAGUGCUGUUGCUUUCAUGCUGUACUCCCCUCUAGCAUAUGGAAAUCCAUGGACCCAGUCAGCUUGCAACAAGGUCAAGCUAUUCGAUUCUUGGGACUGGGACUGCAAUACUUUCCUUACCGAGUAUUCUCAAUACUCUACUCAAUCAAUGCACGCCAACGCUGAUGUCCACAAAACUGAUUCGCCAUUGAUACCAACCAAUGCCGCUGUCCCACCUCCACCACCCCCUGCCGGCGAGCAAAAGCCAAUCGUUCAGGAAGAGAGAGUUGGUAUUUCAGAGGCACCACCACUCGUUUCGCCGCCACCCGCUGGCAUGGCGCAAAGCGUUCUCUCGAGAGAAGAGAAAAUCGAAUACAGGGAUCAGGAUGGCAACCUUUUGAGUCCAGAGCAGGUCAAAGAGCUGGAAGGAAAAGUCAGCUUCAAGACCCGUUACGAGACUCGUACACGUUUGGUCGAUGCCCAAGGCAACGAGAUCAACCCACCUCCAGAGGCUGCAGGCGUUGCACCUCCCCACCCAGACGUUGAGGGAGUUGACUCUUCAACUGUUGGGAAGCCGGAGCCAGAGUCGCAAGGAGAACCAGCCUCCCAGAAAGAGGUCAAGGCUGAUGAGAGCAAAGAGGAGAGCAUUGUGAAGUCCGACUCGGGUGCUGCUAAGCCAGCAAGUGAGGGUAACGAGGCAACAGCCAACUAAAAUCAUUUCAUUUGUACGGAAGGAGUGGGCGAAGGGGUCUGGGACUAGGAACUUGUCCUUUGUAUACUAAGAUGCAAAAGAGGCAUCUAUAUAAUAUGAUGGCUUUCGCGAUUCGAACCUCAUCUAAGAUACAGACAAUGUUUUGUGCUUGAUCCUAGUCUGAACUUUUGUGAAAUGUUAAAGAAUCAUAAGGUGGCAAGUGCCUAAACAAAACAAGAGCAGAAGACUAUUCGCAAAUUCUUUACCUCCACUGGGGUACUUCGCAGCUGGAAAGUUUGUUCUGAUCUCAAUAUAAUCUUGCCGGCGGCAACUUGGUGCUUGGUUUGCGGAUUCGAGGCCGACAUCCUAGCUCGUGUUGUGCUGCUGCAGAAGUCCAUUAUUCACCAAGUUGAGUGAGUGGUUCCGUGUUACGUACACAAUGGAUGACUGGAG